AAUUUUCUUUAGUCGUUAAGUUUUUCUUUUUGGAAUUUCUUCGAAAGUAAUGGUAAACAACAUUAACCAGAGCUCAGUGGAGAAAUAUUCAACUGGACGAUGUCUCUAGGAGAAGCGUGGAAGAUUUUUUACCCGCAGUUUUGUGGCAUUGGAGGGUUCAUUCACCGUGAGAGUUAUAUCUUGUGUCUGAUUUAGAUUGAGUAUCUUCCAUUGUUUAUUCCAUACUCUGUGGAAUUUGAUGGGGAAUCGCUUGCUUCAAAUUUAAUUGUCUUAACUGGUUUUAUUGUUCUCCUUUAAAAUUGCGAUAUCGAGUGCGGUGAGACAAACACUUUGUGUUCCGUGCAUUUGCAACUUACCGGUAAGGAGUCUGUGAUCGUGUGGGAAAGCUGGUCUUGUUGGAAACUUAUGUUUGGACAUAAAGAUUGAAAAAGCUCUGGAAAUCAAGAGAAAGUUACUGUACUAGAUUUAGCAUUAUUUUUGGAAUUUCCAGUGGAGUUUACAGCCAAUAUGCUAGAAAACAUUUGAUUCAGCCGAUCAGCUCUUCGACGGAAGACUGUCAAUAUUCUGCUAUUUGCGUGGAAACAUUAUUGUUCUGUAGUACAUUUUUUAUCGUAAGAUUGUUCGAUCGUUUCAGUUUACCAUAGGCAUCCUUUGUUUUACAGUUCGAUCAUGCGAUUUAAGUUGAAAAGAACUUGUAAAUGUUUGGCAGCGUUGUUGAUCUGCACUAUUGUUUAUCUUUUCGUAAACUGCGGGUUCAGUGGUUGUGCGAAAUAUAAACUCGACCCUAUCCACGUGGCAAAUUCACACCCAAGGCUCGGUGAAAUGGUCAGGAUUGAGGAUUUCUGGACACCGGAGAAGGAGAAAAACAUUCCCCGAGGGCCAGGCUCUUAUGGGGAGCCUGUAGAAACAGAAGCUGGAAGCGAACACUUGAAAGAUAGUGCUUACGCUGAGUAUGGUUUCAAUCAACAUAUUAGCGAUAAAAUUUCCUUGGAACGUCCGCUUAAGGAUACAAGACAUUUUGCGUGCAAGGAACGUAAAUAUCCACAAAGUCUUCCCAAAGCUAGUGUAGUCAUAGUUUUCCACAAUGAAGGUUGGUCCACAUUAUUAAGAACAGUUCACAGUGUCAUAAACAGGUCACCUCCACGCAUGCUCCAGGAAAUAGUGAUGGUGGAUGAUUUUAGUGAUAAAGAACAUCUCAAGAAGAAACUGGAUGACUACACAAGAAAACUAGGAAAGAUAAGAAUUGUCAGAACUAAAGAAAGGGUUGGACUGAUAAAGGCUCGAUCCAUUGGUGCGAGUAAUGCCAUUGGGGAAGUUGUUCUCUUCCUUGAUGCACAUUGCGAGGCUAAUGUAGGCUGGCUCCCUCCUCUGCUUGAAAGGAUAGCCCUUGAUCGAAGGACAGCAGUGUGCCCUACUAUAGACUUCAUAGAUCAUAACACUUUUCAGUAUAAGCCUAUGGACCCAUAUAUACGAGGAACCUUCAACUGGAGAUUUGAUUACAAAGAGAGGCCAGUGCGUCCAGAAGAGAUGAAGAAGAGGAAAGAUCCUACUCAAGAAGUUAGGUCUCCUGUUAUGGCUGGUGGGUUGUUUGCAAUCAACAGAGAGUUUUUCAGUGAGCUGGGACAAUAUGAUCCAGGAAUGUUUAUCUGGGGAGGCGAGCAGUAUGAACUGUCAUUCAAGCUCUGGCAGUGUGGUGGCCAACUUGAGAACAUUCCUUGUUCCCGAGUGGGACAUGUCUACAGACAUCAUGUACCAUACUCAUACCCCAAGGCAGACGCCACUCUUAUAAACUUCAAGCGCGUGGCGGAAGUGUGGAUGGACGAGUACAAGGAAUGGCUUUAUGACAAGAAACCCGAACUUAAAAAUGUCGACCCUGGAGAUAUCAGCGAUCGACUUGCACUGCGGGAAAAGCUCAAAUGUAAAAGUUUCAAGUGGUAUAUGGAGAAUGUGGCCAAUGAUACUGUCAGGUCGAUUUAUGAACCUCUCAAAGCUAACGGACCGAUUCGAAACCCGAGCACCAAUCUUUGCCUGGACACGAUGGGAAGGAAAGCUGGAGGGGAGGUGGGACUGGUAACUUGCCACGGCAUGAUGGGAAACCAGGCUUUCCAAUACACAUUUCUUGAUGAAUUCCGACAAGAUGAAGCCUGCCUAGAUGUAAGUCAAGGUCACAGUGGAGCCAAGAUAACACUUUAUGGCUGCCACGAACUGAAGGGAAACCAAGAGUUUAAAUACACCAAGGACAAGAAAUUACUUCAUGUGAUUACCAACAACUGCGUGACCGCGACUAAUAAAGGUUAUCCAGUUAUGGAACAUUGUGAUAACAUUCCAGAGCAGAUAUGGGAAAUUCAACUGAACGAUCUUUCUAAACUUACAACUAUAAGACCUCCUUAGGUGAUCUAGUGAAUGGUUUAAUAUGAAAAAUUAGAGAUUGAUAAUAUUUUUAAGGUGGAAGAACUAGUAAUUAUAAUUAUACGUUAGAGUAAAUGCCAAGUCUUAUUACACGACUCGGGCAGUCACAGGGCCAAUAACUAAAAUCAACCAAUCAAAAUGUUCUAUUGCCGGU